UUCUACCUCUACUUCUACCUUAUCAUCCCACCUCUCAGUAUUUUCAGUUUCUUUCAAGAAAAGUAAAAAUGGGUUUAACCUCAUCCUUACGGUUCCAUAGAAGAAACAACAAGACUUUCCUCAGAAUCUUCAUGAUCUUGGUUCUAAGCUGUAUACCAGGUAGAACCAAUCUUUGUUCCAAUCCUUCUCUUAGCACCCCAAUAGAUUUACCUCCUUCAGAUACUCUUUCCUCAUUAGAUUCUCUCGACUUGGAAGGUUACAUCACCUUCCAUGACGUCCACAAUGCGUCCAAGGACUUUGGCAACAGAUACCACUUACCACCUCUGGCGAUUCUCCAUCCAAAGUCAGUUUCUGAUAUUUCAACAGUGAUGAGGCAUAUAGUACGCUCCACAUCAAAUCUUACAGUAGCAGCCAGAGGCCAUGGCCACUCUCUUCAAGGACAAGCUCUAGCUCAUCAAGGUGUUGUCAUCAACAUGGAGUCGCUUCGAAGUCAUGAUAUCAAGAUUUACAAAGGGAAACAACCUUAUGUAGAUGUCUCAGGUGGUGAGUUAUGGAUUAAUAUUCUACGUGAGACUUUAAAACACGGUCUUUCACCAAAGUCAUGGACAGACUAUCUUCAUUUAACUGUUGGAGGUACUCUAUCAAACGCUGGAAUCAGUGGUCAAGCGUUUAAGCAUGGACCUCAAAUCAACAACGUUUAUCAGUUAGAGAUUGUCACAGGGAAAGGAGAAGUAGUGACCUGUUCUGAGAAGCGAAACUCUGAACUUUUCCAGAGUGUUCUUGGUGGGCUUGGACAGUUUGGGAUAAUCACCCGGGCAAGGAUCUCUCUUGGACCAGCACCGCUUAUGGUUAAAUGGAUCAGGGCACUCUACUCAGACUUCUCUGCAUUUUCAAGGGACCAAGAACAUCUGAUUUCAAAGGAGAAUGCUUUCGACUACGUGGAAGGAUUUGUGAUCAUCAAUAGAACAGACAUCCUCAACAACUGGAGAUCAUCAUUCACUCCCAACGACUCCACAGAGGCAAACCAGUUCAAGUCAGAUGGUAAAACUCUGUAUUGCCUAGAAGUAGUGAAAUAUUUCAACUCAAAAGAAGCAAACUCCAUGAAUCAGGAAACUGAGAAGGUACUUUCAGAGUUGAGCUAUAUUCCAUCCACUUUGUUCUCAUCUGAAGUGCCAUAUAUCGAGUUUUUAGACCGCGUGCACAUUGCUGAGAUCAAACUGAGAGCUAAGGGUUUAUGGGAGGUUCCACAUCCCUGGCUGAAUCUCCUGAUUCCCAAAAGCAGCAUAUCUGACUUUGCUACAAAAGUUUUCAACAGCAUUGUGACUAGCAACCACAACGGACCUAUCCUUAUUUAUCCAGUCAAUCAAUCUAAAUGGAACAAACAUACGUCUUUGAUCACUCCAAACGAAGAUAUCUUCUACCUGGUGGCCUUUCUCCCCUCUGCAAUCCCAAAACCCUCAGGGGCAAAUGAUUUGGAGUACCUUUUGAGACAAAACCAAAGAGUUCUUAGCUUCUGUGCAGAAGCUAACUUGGAUGUGAAGCAGUAUUUGCCUCUCUAUGAAACUCAAAAAGAGUGGAGAUCACACUUUGGAAACAGAUGGGAAACGUUUGCAAAGAGGAAAUAUAAGUACGAUCCUCUGGCGAUUCUAGCGCCUGGUCAGAGAGUUUUCCAAAGGGUGUCGUCACAAGUAUCUUCCAUCCAACUUCUCUAAAGCCAAAAAAACGCAACACAGUAGUGUAAAGAGGCAAGUGUUCCUUGUAACGGCUUCAGCUAGGCAGCU